UUUUUCCAAAAGGAACAUUCGGGUGAGUAACAGAAUCAUCGUCAAAUGGGAAACAGUUUUCACGAGACUCGCGAUCCAAGCGUACACGCAGCGGAAAUCAAGCGCUGCCCAUUCUUAACGACCAAGAAUUUUGGGGAGAAAGUGUCUAUUUUUAGUGUCUACAUAUAGUAUAACUAUAUUUUUAAUAAUAUUAAAUUUUUACAGUGAAAUUAAAAAUCUGUGAAGGACUUUUAAGACUUGCAAGUGUUGCCUUUGAUGAAAAUAAAUAUUAAGUCUGUUAAUUGUAAAAAAUGAUAAUGAAUAGGAAUAAAAUCUAAAAUCAUAAUCAAAUCAAAGCAAAAGACACCAAAAUGAUGGCACAGAGAUGGUCGGAGAGCCUAAUCCUAUGGCUGGCUUUAUGGAUACCACUGGGAUCCACUGAGAACAGCAGCCUGCGCGUCAACACGAAUGUGAAGGACAUCGAGGCUGGGGCCAGGACCUUGGCUUCGAUUCAGGGCCCCGGAAAUAUUUGCAUACGCGAGGAGCCCUACGUCGAGCAGAUCCAGAUCCCGGAGAUGCAGCCCGUGCGCGUGCGCACCUCCAGCUGGUGCAUGGAGAUCCCGCCAAGGUGCGCCACAUACAAGACGGAAAUGCGCGAAGUGAUGCGGGUCCAGAAACUAAACAAAACGCGAACUGUUCGUUUUUGCUGUCAAGGCUAUGAGGGAAACCUCUCCGAUAGCCAGGCCACCUGCAAGCCCAUUUGCAGGGGAGGAUGUGGGCGUGGCAGCUGCGUUAUGCCGGAAAUUUGUAGCUGCGAGGAGGGAUAUGUUGGCAAGCACUGCACCCAGCGCUGUGACCACGAUCGCUGGGGCUUGGAUUGCAAGAAUAUCUGUCAGUGCCAAAAUGGAGCUGCCUGCGACAAUAAAUCUGGCAUAUGCCAUUGCCUGGCUGGUUGGGCAGGGCAAUUCUGUGAGCAGCCCUGCCCUCAAGGAACCCAUGGUAUCAUGUGCCGCAAGGUCUGUGAUUGUGACGAGAAGCCAUGCAACCCGCAGACCGGAGCUUGCAUCCUGCACGAUCACCAGCCGGAGUUGAAUGUCAGCCACGUUAUCGUGGAAACGGUGAACUCCACGCUGGAGAAAAUGGGCAUUAUUCCGCGACCCGUCACCCCAAGUCCCCUCCCAGAAGUCAUUGUAAUCAAGCAGCCGGCGGGCCAGGAAGGUGGCCAUCACACGCCCAAGAUUAUUGUCCAUCAGUCUGGCAGCGAACUACUCGAGAAUCUUCACACUUCUGCCGCUGGAAUACCAGCUCCAGAGGUCAUCCACGUCAUAACCAACGGUAUCACCUCGCCGCAGGAGCAUCUGGCCGGAUUUUCCGGAUUGGAUACCAACACCAGCCAAAAGGGGGCAGUCGAUCCACAAACGGGGGUGGUGACUACUCUGGUGGUCAUCAUGCUGCUCUUGCUCUUCGCUAUUGCAGCUGGCACGUUGUAUGUGUUCCGGAGGUAUCACCACAAGGACUCUACGGUUUAUAACUCCAAUGGGGUAAUGAAGACACAGUCUUCGAAUCCGGAGGUCAUCCUCACCGAGGCCUCAGCCCUUGGAAAGAAUUUCCACGAGCCCCUUCCGGAGCCACCCAUAAUAUUUGCGGUCUCGCCGCAGUCAAACGAUGCCAUUUUUAAACAGCUCCAGCUGAACUGUACGACACUCCCAGCAAUAACUCGUCAAUUAAAACACCGCCUUAUGCUUAUGCUAGGAAGGAGUCUCUUUACUCGGUGAUCACUCCCAAGUCUCGCAAGGGCAGCCUGGACUCGCACCUGUACGAUGAGAUCCGCUACCAUCAGCAGCACCACCAUCAGCAUCACCAACAGCAUCAGCAACGAAGCCAUCAAGGUCAGCACUCCACCACCGCCUCGGCCUUUCUGCCGGCCAGACCACCUUCGAUGCCACUAGGUGACCAGUUUGCCGGCGGAAACCACCAAUCCCACCAACGAUCCCACCACGUGACCCACUUGAUUAUACCCCCACAGAAUGCAAAUUUCCUCCAGGUACCCGCUCAAAUCACUGCCAAGAGAAUAGCUCACCUCUGAGCACGGGUGGAGCAUUUUCCGUAAAAUUUUAUUAUAGUGUCUCUCAACACGAUAUGGUUUCCUGUAGAUCCCAUUGUUCCAGCUUGAUGAAGUGUACAAAUCUUUAAUAUUUUUCAACGAUGCACAAUACGAUUUAAUUAAAAUACUCAAGUUGACUUUAAUCUCUUUAUAUAUUUUGAAAAACUAUCAAGUAUUAUUAAGUUCUAUGUUUAUAAAAGUUUACGAGGUAGAAUAGAAUAUGUAAAUAUAAGAUAUAUUUCAUAUAAUAUUUAAAUAUACAGCAUGGAAAAUAUAAUUCUUAAAAACCAUAACAAAACUCUAUUACUUAAAUAUUAUAUGAUGUUCGGUUGUUAUAUUUAUAAGCUAAGAACCAUCCGAAGAUCACAAAACUUAGAACAAGUACAAUUAGUCCGAUAACAGAUGUGGGUG